CCUGAGAGUCCGUUGGAAGCAACCAUUUUAAAAGGAAGUCCUCUCCCCCCAAUAAAUCCUAGCUGGGGAAAACCACAAGCCCAAAGCCGCUUAUGAUAACUGCGUUGCCAUGGGUGGGCGGCCUGGAAUUACGCGAUUUGCGUAAGGAAAGGCUCGACCAAGCAGAGACUUUGUAGCGGAAACUCCGUAAUUGGCGCGUCGGUCUACGAAAUUAGCGUAGGGAGGAAACAAGAGGCAGAUGAUACGUAAAGAACGCACGUAGCGGCGUUAAUACCACGCUGGAGGCGGGAGGGCGCGGCAGGUAGCGGUCACGCAUGCGCCCGAGACGUUGAGAGGCUCGCUCAGCAACUAAAGGAACACUUGGGAACCAAUCGGCGGGCGGCGCCGUUGAAGAGAAGCCAAUCAGCAGGCAUUCUUGUUCCUCACAGCCGGCCAUUAAGGCCUGGCGCAGAGAGUGCGCACAGAGCCUGGGGGGGUGGGGACGGGAAGGACUUCAGGGGGUUGCCUUAGGAGGUGCUAACCCCCAGCUUCAGGCGGAGAGGAGUGGCUGGGCUGUUGCCUCGCGAGCGUGUCGCCCCUGCGGUCGCUGACGUGGGAUCCGCGGCCGUUGCCACGGGCUGUGGCUCUGGAGCACAAACGUGAGUGGGAGCCGGGCCAGCGUGUCGCACCAGCGGUGACGUGUGGUCAGUGCCAGGGCCCACGGACGGUGGGCUGUCGAGCGCAGGGCCAGCGUGUCGCACCAGCGGGGCGUUGGGCGCUCGAGGACAAACGGGAGGGGGACAUUGGGCAGUUUUGUUGUACUAGCAGCAAGGCGUCUCGCGUGGUGGCUCCCGUAGGACCCGGGCCGUCCAGCCCAAUCGUGAAGGGGCUCUCGAGCCAUUGUGUGAUCCGUGGCCGCCGGGCCCGGCGCGAGGACGACUUGCGGCCUUGGAAGGAGGGAGCUAGAAAGCAACUCCCGUUGCCACCGCGCUCGUGAGGACAAGUGUGAAAGUGAUCUCGGUGUGUGGGGCUGCGUGGCGGUGAGGCGUGAUAGAUGGCAGCGAGGACAGGUGUGAGGAGGAUGUCAGGCCGUCGUGUUCCCUCAGCGUGUGAUAGGCGUCCGCUUCCACGGGGCCUGAGUAACUUGGGCUCCCCCGCUCCUGAGCCACGGCCACUGCGGCUGCCUUUCCUUGAGACUGAGGCACCCGCAAGGCAUUCCUUGCUCACAAUGUAUAGAACAAAAGUAAGCUUGAAAGAUCGUCAACAACUUUACAAACUGAUUAUUAGUCAAUUGCUGUAUGAUGGAUACAUAAACAUUGCCAAUGGCCUGAUAAAUGAGAUAAAACCACAAUCAGUCUGCGCACCCUCUGAACAACUGCUGCAUCUGAUUAAACUAGGAAUGGAGAAUGAUGACAGCGCAGUUCAAUAUGCAAUUGGACGCUCCGACACAGUAGCUCCAGGAACAGGGAUUGACUUAGAAUUCGAUGCAGAUGUCCAGACUAUGUCCCCCGAGGCUUCUGAAUAUGAGACCUGUUACGUCACAUCUCAUAAAGGACCAUGUCGCGUAGCUACAUACAGCAGAGACGGGCAGUUAAUAGCUACGGGAUCUGCUGAUGCCUCAAUAAAAAUUCUUGAUACAGAGAGAAUGUUGGCAAAAAGUGCUAUGCCCAUCGAGGUCAUGAUGAAUGAGACAGCACAGCAGAAUAUGGAAAAUCAUCCUGUUAUUCGGACUCUAUAUGAUCAUGUGGAUGAGGUUACAUGUUUAGCUUUCCAUCCAACAGAACAGAUCCUGGCAUCUGGUUCAAGGGACUAUACGCUUAAAUUGUUUGACUAUUCAAAACCUUCUGCCAAAAGAGCCUUCAAGUAUAUCCAGGAAGCAGAAAUGUUACGCUCCAUUUCUUUUCAUCCUUCUGGCGACUUCAUACUUGUUGGUACCCAGCACCCUACCUUACGGCUUUAUGAUAUCAAUACAUUCCAGUGUUUUGUGUCUUGCAAUCCUCAAGAUCAACACACCGACGCUAUAUGUUCAGUAAACUAUAAUGCAAGUGCUAACAUGUAUGUGACAGGAAGCAAGGAUGCAUGCAUCAAAUUAUGGGAUGGUGUUUCAAAUCGAUGUAUCACUCUAAAAGAGACACUCCUUGUGCUUUUGACAAUCUGCCCCCUAAGCAACGCUACUCUGUUACACGUUUUUACUUACACCUUUAAUGAGUAUCAUAUCCCUGCUAUUAUAGGAGCUGGUUUGAGUGGACGACAAGUACACAGAACACAGGCAGUCUUUAACCACACAGAGGACUAUGUGUUACUUCCUGAUGAAAGGACCAUAAGUCUCUGCUGCUGGGACUCAAGAACUGCAGAACGGCGAAAUCUUCUGUCAUUGGGGCAUAACAGCAUUGUUCGGUGUAUUGUUCAUUCUCCUACCAAUCCUGGUUUCAUGACCUGCAGUGAUGACUACAGAGCUCGAUUUUGGUACCGAAGGUCAACCACAGACUAAAGACAGUUUUAUUAAACAGUGAUUACCUAGAUGAAUUGUACCAUCUUAUAUUAAGUGUACUGCCAACAGAUGCCUAAACAAGAGCCAUGCUGUGUCUGUAUUUAACUUUGUCAAACAUGGUGAAAAAAGAUGAAAGUACUGAGAAGUAGUUUUCCCUUACUCACUGACCUUAUUAGUGUGUAUGGCAUCAAUUGUGGAAGUAGACUCAACUGUUAUUUUUGAAUACAAUUAAUCCUUCCUGGGGGGAUACUUUUAAACUUGCUCUUACAUGUCUAAAUUUUCAAAAUGUUAGUAACUUGAGUGAAUCUUGUUCAAUCUGUGUAGAAUUUCUCCAUUACAUCUGUGCAAACCUAUUAAAAAAAAAAAAUUCUUUAAGAAUGGAUUGCACAAAUUCUCAGCAGAACUUGGCCAGAUAUUUUAAUGAACCUUUAAGUUGUACUUUUGAUUCAGGCACGGUGCAGUGAAAGCUCUGGUUUUGUAUUCUUUUUUUUUUUUUUAAAUUGGCCAAGUGGCCGUCCAGCUCUGAGCCAGAAUUUUGUGCCAUAAGAAUUUGAACAUCCAUUUUUAAAAGGUUUAGAUGAAUUCAACAAAUGAUGUUUUAGUUCUGAUAUUAAAGCUCAGACUUGAAA